CAUGCGCAGUGCUGUUCCUCGCGCUCCCUCAGGCGCGGCCAUGGCGGCGGCGGCGGCGGCGCUCCUGACCCGCGGCGGCGGGCUGCCCAGGGCGCGGGCCCUGGGGUCCCUCCGCCGGCUGCACACGGUGUACCAGUCGGUGGAGCUGCCGGAGACGCACCAGAUGCUGCGCCAGACGUGCCGGGACUUCGCCGAGAAGGAGCUGAUGCCCCUCGCGGCUCAGCUGGACAAGGAGCACCGCUUCCCGGCCGAGCAGGUGAAGAAGAUGGGUAGCCUAGGGCUGCUGGCUGUGGAAGUGCCAGAGCAGUUCAAAGGAGCUGGCCUCGACUACCUGGCCUAUUCCAUUGCUGUGGAGGAGAUCAGCAGGGGCUGUGCGUCCACAGGCGUCAUUGCCAGCGUCAAUAAUUCUCUGUAUUUAGGGCCAAUACUCAAGUUUGGUUCUGAGGAACAGAAGCACAAGUGGAUUUCUCCCUUCACCAGUGGGGACAAAAUAGGAUGUUUUGCUCUUAGUGAACCAGGGAAUGGCAGUGAUGCGGGUGCAGCAUCCACAGUGGCACGUCUGGAUGGUGAUGAGUGGGUGCUGAAUGGCACCAAGGCCUGGAUCACCAACGCCUGGGACGCCUCAGCCACCGUGGUGUUUGCCACUACAGAUAAAUCCCUGAAGCACAAGGGCAUCAGUGCAUUCCUUGUUCCUAUGCCAACUGCGGGGCUGUCCCUGGGGAAGAAAGAAGACAAGCUGGGCAUCCGAGCCUCUUCCACUGCCAACCUGAUAUUUGAGGACUGUCGGAUACCCAAGGACAACCUGCUGGGGCAGCUAGGAAUGGGCUUCAAAAUUGCCAUGCAAACUCUGGAUGGAGGAAGGAUUGGCAUUGCCUCUCAGGCUCUGGGAAUAGCUCAGGCAGCUCUGGACUGUGCUGUGGAUUAUGCUGAAAAGAGAAUGGCGUUUGGGUCACCCAUCACAAAGCUGCAGGCAAUUCAGUUUAAGUUAGCAGACAUGGCUGUGGCAUUAGAGAGUGCGCGCUUACUGACCUGGAGAGCUGCCAUGCUGAAAGACAACGGGAAGCCCUUCACAAAGGAAGCGGCAAUGGCCAAGCUGGCUGCAUCAGAAGCUGCAACAAACAUCGCUCAUCAGGCCAUGCAGAUCUUGGGUGGUAUGGGUUAUGUGACAGAGAUGCCAGCAGAACGUCAUUACCGUGAUGCUCGUAUCACUGAGAUCUACGAGGGGACCAGUGAGAUCCAAAGACUGGUGAUAGCAGGUCAACUGCUGAAGGCCUACCGUAGCUGAAGAACCUUAGAGCAAGAUACUGCCCUUAAGUGCCUCCUAACAGCCAUCCAAGCACUGAGGAUCAUGAUGGAAGUUUUCCUCACUAAUGAGUAACUGACCUUAAAAUGUGCUGAUUCUUCUCUGGGUGAAGUAUGGUGCGUGGAAGGCUGUAUCCCAGUUUGUAAGCAGAUGGCAAUGAGUGCAAGAGAGAGGAAGCAGCUCAUGGCUGCUUUUCCUAAUCAGCUUGCUCCUUGUGCAUCUCACAGUACUUCCUUUGCAAGGCUUUGUCAAUGAGCAGUGUGAUAAGCAGUGCCAAUGUUAGAGAUGUGACCCUGUGCACUCCUUCUGGGCUGCUGGUUACACUGCCAUGAUUCUCAAAUUCUGAAGUUUGGGAUGCAGCUGUGGUGAGCUCCCUUUUCAGUGCAGGCUGUACUGAGACGUGCUGCAGCAGUGCACUCUCCCCCACCUCCAGCAGGAGAGGAGCCAGAAGGGAAGACACAGGCACUUCCUAUGCAUGAAAGGCUCUUACUCAGGUUAUGGUUGCUGUGUAAAUGGAUGUAAAAGCAAAGGUCAGAAAAAAACCCACUAGCUUUCAUGGACAGAGCUGUAAAAGCAAAGAAGAGAGAAGCUGCAGUGGCUGAGACAGAUUAAAAAAAAAAAAAGAAAGUGAAUGUUCCACAGCCUGCCUUUUACUGUACCAACAACUCUCUAACAGGACAGAAAAUGCAUACAGUGGCAGUUACCAUGCAUUUUUGGGCAACAAGUGGGAAGUGAACAGAUGAUACCAAAAACCUUACCAGGAAGAUCUGGCAGUAACACAUCCUCCAACAGCUAUCUUUAGCAAAAAAUUAACUUUCUGAAAAUUAAACAGCCAAAAGAAGAGAUGGACAGGAUUAAGACUACAAUCUGCACAGCCCUUGUCCAGACAAUGAGUACACCAGUUGUAAAUGGUUAUUUUCCUGUGGUGUUGUUUAUUUAAUUUAUGUGGCAAGAAAACAGCAAGAUUAUAUUACAUAAAAGAGAACAGAAGAUGAAUAAAACCUGAUUUCAAAAACUUUUUUAAAGGACCACCCCUCCCCAAUUUUUUUUUCUAAAUUCAGAUGUGACAAUAGAAUAGUUUCUUCCAGUCCCAAGACACAGAAGCACAAACCCCUUACCCUUCAUAUACAGGUUGUGCCAACACUUUGCAGUGUGGUGGGUGGUUGCUAGUGCAGAUGUCCCAGUAAUACAAAUAAUCCCUUUGCAGAUUGCUUGCUGGUGAUGGCAUGUUGGGCAGAGUUUGAAUUUCUCCUUGCUGCUGUCAUCAUAGUCUGACAGAGCCAGGCACUGAGAUCAGUAGGUCUACUGGAAGACCAUUCCAGUGAUUGCAAAGGUGUUGUAAAUGAAAGUCUUCUAGGUGUAAGGCACACUCUUCUAGUUCAAUUUCCACUUGUAUCACUGCCUCAUUUAAUGACUCGGUAGGAAGAAGUGAGAUUAUUUUACAAAAGUUUCUUUUUCUCCUCUCAGCCACUCAGCUAGAGCAGGCACUGCUCACUGCAAGAAAGUGAGGACUUUGGGAGCACAGUGUUAAUGUUCAGUGCUCAUCUUACUGAAUGGCCAAUGCACCAGAAGAGGCAGUCACUGUUAGGCCACACCUGCUGCACUGUUUUCCCUUGCUUCAUCAUUCUCUUACACCUGCUUUCAGCCUGCUCCUCUUCCUCAUCAUACCUCCUUCACUCAGCAAUACUAAAUGAUUGCUACUCGUCUUCAGAGCUGAGGAAAUUGCCCCUAUGCCCUCAGAGUGGAAGACUGAACUGGGAGACUAGCUGUGAACAUCUCAGCUGACAGAGAACACACUGCAAUCAACUACAAACAGAUAUACCAAAAUCCCACAGUGUGCAGCAUCAAGCAAUUGCCUGCCCAUGGGGAGCCCUGCUGCAUACCUGUGACCACAACUUGCCUUUGGGAACUCCUGGAUCGCACGCUGCGUGCCUUGUUAACAGGCUUCCUGCUAGCUGACAUCAGUAGAGCAGCUGACCUGGCUAACUGCGUAUUUGGUGCUGAUUUGCUCAAUGCACCUCUGUCACUGUCUGCAAUCAACUUACACUGCAUAUCACCAAAUUACAGAAAGGGUGGAGCUGGUCAAAAAUCACUGGUCUAGGUACAGCGUGACUUUAACGUUCAAGAGCCUAGGAAUGUUUUUACAAGGCUGUAAGAGUUCCCUUUUGCUAUCAUCUAAAAACAAAACAACCAUGCUUUAAGGGUGCAAA